AUGAAAAAGCUGGGAAACUUAGGUAAAAAGUUAGAUUUUUUCUCUUCUCCAGUAGAGUUGAUGAUUCAUAAAAAGAGAUCACAUCAAUCUCUGUUUGGAGCUUUCAUGACUUUAUUAAUGUUUUCUUGCGUUUUAACCUACAUUAUAAACAAAUUUGUGUAAUUAGGACAAAGAAAAGAGUUUCAAACACUAUAUUCAGAGGUAUACUAUGAGGAAAUCCCGGUAUUCCCAUUAUUAUCCAAGAAUUUCACUUUAUAAUUUGCAUUUUAAACUGAAAAUUAAACAAAUUACAUUGACGAGUCUAUCUACCAAGUCAAAGCAGUAAUGGUUAAUAGGGCAUAAGUUAUGGUCGAUAAUAAAACAAAUUUGAAAUUUACUAAAACGGAAAUACCAUUAUCAAAAUGUGCUAAAAUUGGAAUACCUUAUGAAGAAAUAGAAGACCAACUUGAUAAUGUGGAUAUAGAAAAUACAUAUUGUCUAGAUUGGAACAAUAUCAAAGGUCUUAGUUUGAUUGGAACACCAGAAUAAGAAAAUUAUACAUACAUAUAUAUAAGCUUUGAAACAUGUGUGAAUGACACUAGCAAUCUCAAUAGCCAAGUUUGUAAGUCGAAAGAAGAAAUUUAAGAAAAACUACAUCGUAAUUAUAUUUUAUUCCAAUUGUCUUCAUAUAAUAUUGAUUUAAGAAAUUACUUAAAGCCAAAUGUUCCGAAAGUCGAGGAAAUUUAAACCACAAUUUCAAGUCAAGUUAUGAAGGAUAUUACUUUAUUCAUGCAGCCAAUAACAACUUUGACUGAGGAAGGAUUGUUGAAUGGAUUGGUGAGGAAGGAUUCGACAAUUAGAUAUUUGAAAACCUAAGAGGUGAUAGAUUUUAAUAGCGAUGAAGCUCUUGCUUCAGUUUUGAUUAGAUUGGCAAACACUGAGAAUAUCAGUUAUAGAAUUUAUCCUAAGCUCUAGGACAUUUUAGCCUAAGCAGGUGGUCUAUGGGAAAUUUUAAUGCUCGUUUUUACUAUAAUGGUGAAACCUAUCUAAUCUUUGUCUUAUAAAUUAGAUGUCAUUAAUAAUCUGUUUAAUUUUGAAGGAUAAAAAUAGUAAAAUGAUAUUGAGGAUGGAGGCAAAUAAAUACUUAAGAAGUUGACUAUGGUAUAAGAGAAUAUUUAGACUCAUGAAAAUGACACUUCGAUUAUAUUAAAUUAAUCAAAGAUUAAGAGUUCCAUAAGGUUCCCUAAAGGUAGAACCAAAAACAAAAAUUAAAAAAUGGAAUAAGUCAAUUCUGCUUAGACUGAAAAAUCUUCUUAAAUGGUUACAAAUUCACCUGAAAAUGACAAACUAAUAUAAAAGGGCAUUAGGUUUGCUUUAAGGAAAUUAUUUAACAUAGCCACUCUAAAAUUAAGACUGAGUGCAUUUGAUUAUAUCAAAUAUUUAAAGUGUGGAAAAAAGGAAGGAAAAUUUAAGUAAAUGCAAUACUCGAUAAACAAAUUGGAGAAGUGCUUAGAUAUUCUCUUUAUUAUAGAUAAAUUAUAGGAGAUUGAUAAACUCAAAACCAUUUUAUUGACAAAGUAAUAGGUACAACUCUUUGACUUCUUACCAAAACCAAUGAUUUCUUUAGAUCCUAGCAAUUUGUAAUAGAAUGAAACGGUUAUGUAUUCUUCUUUGUUGAAACCCUACAAAUCUUAGAAAGAAAAGGCUCACGAAGCAUAAUAAGUUUUAGAUGAAUUGCUUGAAAAUUUGGAUGAUCCAAUCACUAUCAAACUUAUUUCUUUAAUGGAUCCUAAUAUCUUUAAGCUUCUAUAAAUUUAAUUGGAUCUGAAAAAGAGAUCAGUAACUAAAUACAUCACUCCAGAUGCUAUUGAAUCAUGA